CCGCCCCCCUUUGUGACGUAGGAUAAUGCUGCCACGCGUCGGAACUCAGCUGCCCGUGGGCCACGGGACGCGAGUGACACGCGGGAGGGGACCAGCGCCAGGAACCAUGCAUCUCUUGCUCAGAUUAACCGUUUUCUUCUGCGCGUGGGGCAUUUUCGCUGCCCAGGGACAAAAGGAAGAGGGGCUCACGGAGGAGGUGAAAAUAGAAGUUGUGCAUCGUCCAGAAAACUGUUCUAAGACCAGCAAGAAGGGGGACCUGCUAAAUGCCCAUUAUGACGGCUACCUGGCCAAAGAUGGCACGAAAUUCUACUGCAGCCGGACACAAUAUGAAGGCCACCCCAAAUGGUUUGUUCUUGGUGUUGGGCAAGUCAUAAAAGGCCUAGACAUUGCUAUGAUGGAUAUGUGCCCUGGAGAGAAGCGAAAAGUGAUAAUACCCCCUUCAUUUGCAUAUGGAAAGGAAGGCUAUGAAGGCAAGAUUCCACCUGAUGCAACAUUGAUUUUUGAGAUUGAACUUUAUGCUGUGACCAAAGGACCACGAAGUAUUGAAACCUUUAAGCAGAUAGACACAGACAAUGACAGGCAACUCUCCAAGGCUGAGAUAGAUCAGUACCUGAAAAAGGACUUUGAAAAAGAUGAUAAGCCACGUGACAAGUCAUAUCAGAAUGCAGUUCUAGAAGAUAUUUUUAAGAAGAAUGACCAUGAUGGUGAUGGCUUCAUUUCUCCCAAGGAAUACAAUGUAUAUCAACAUGAUGAACUAUAGCAUAUUUUUAUUUCUCAAUUUCCUUAGCUACUUACUGUACUUUAUAUAUAAAACAAGGUCACUUUCUCCAAGUUGUAUUUUCUACUUCACCCGAUGAGGACAUAUUUUGAUCUCCUCAAUCAUGUAAGUUUGGAAUAAAUGUGAGGCUAUGUUGCAAAUUUAA